CUCAGCGGCUGGGCUCCAGGCCACGGCUGCGGGAGCUGCAAGAGCGGUUAGCCGUGGAGCGGCGGACCGUGGCCGAAAGAGCGGGAAGGCGCGAGGUGCCCAGUCAGCUUCGACGCCGGGUUGGCUCGUCUUACUCCAGUGGCCCCCGAGCGGCGGAGCGCCACGCAGCGGGCAGGAGCCUGCUGGGUGGGUCUCCCACCUGCCGACGACCAUGGCCGGGUCCGAGCAGGACGGCGGCACCGGAGAGGCGCCGCUAUCCUUCGAGGACUCCGAGCUAGCGCUGGUUGGAAUCAAUAUGCUGCUCAACAACGGAUUCCGAGAAUCUGACCAGCUCUUCAGGAAAUACAGAAACCAUAGUCCUUUAAUGAGUUUUGGAGCCAGCUUUGUCAGCUUUUUGAAUGCCAUGAUGACAUUUGAAGAAGAGAAAAUGCAGCUGGCAUGUGACGAUUUAAAAGCUACCGAAAAAUUAUGUGAGAGUGAAGAAGCAGGAGUCAUAGAAACAAUAAAAAAUAAAAUUAAGAAGAAUGUUGAUGGGAGGAAGUCUGCCCCAUCCAUGAUAGAUCGAUUGCAGAGGCAAAUCAUUGUGGCAGACUGUCAAGUGUACCUUGCUGUGCUGUCUUUUGUAAAACAAGAAUUAUCCGCUUAUAUAAAAGGUGGGUGGAUCCUUAGAAAAGCUUGGAAAAUCUACAAUAAGUGCUAUUCAGACAUUAAUACACUUCAGGAAUUAUAUCAGAAGAAGAUAACUCAGGAAUCUUUGACUUCUGAUGCUACAAAUGAUAAUCAUAUUGCUGCAGAAGGUGUUACAGAGGAUUCACUUAACAGACUGAAAGGUGCUGUUAGCUUUGGAUAUGGACUUUUUCAUCUUUGCAUAUCCAUGGUGCCCCCAAACCUGCUCAAAAUCAUCAAUCUGCUGGGUUUUCCUGGAGACCGCCUGCAGGGGCUUUCUUCAUUGGUGUAUGCAAGUGAAAGUAAGGACAUGAAGGCCCCUUUAGCUACGUUAGCCUUGCUGUGGUACCACACAGUGGUUCGCCCCUUCUUUGCUUUGGAUGGCAGUGAUACCAAAGCAGGAUUGCAAGAGGCUGAAGAGAUUCUUCAGAAAAAAGAAGCUGCUUAUCCAAACUCAUCUCUCUUUAUGUUUUUCAAAGGCAGAAUACAGCGUUUAGAGUGUCAAAUCAACAGUGCCUUGACCUCCUUCCAUACUGCUUUGGAACUUGCAAUUGAUCAGAGAGAGAUUCAGCAUGUCUGCCUCUAUGAAAUUGGCUGGUGUAGCAUGAUAGAAAUGAACUUCAAGGAUGCUUUCGAAUCAUUUGAACGUCUUAAAAAUGAAUCAAGAUGGUCCCAGUGUUAUUAUGCCUACCUAACAGCAGUGUGUCAAGGAGCUACUGGUGAAGUGAACGGUGCACAGACUGUUUUCAAGGAAGUCCAGAAGCUUUUCAAAAGAAAAAACAACCAAAUUGAACAAUUCUCAGUCAAAAAGGCAGAGAGAUUUAGAAAGCAAAAACCAACCAAACAACUUUGUGUAUUGGCAUCUAUCGAGGUACUAUACUUAUGGAAAGCCCUUCCAAACUGUUCAUUCACCAAUCUACAGCAUAUGAGUCAAGCUUGCCAGGAAAUUGAGGAUUCAGCAGUUGUUGGUUUGAAGAACUUGCUACUUGGUGCCAUACAUAAAUGCUUAGGAAAUGUCGAAGAUGCUGUUCAGUUCUUUCAAAGAGCCCUUAAAGAUGAAAUCUGCCGCCAGAACAAUCUGUAUAUUCAACCAUAUGCUUGCUAUGAACUUGGCUGUCUUUUAUUAGAAAACCCUCAGUCUGUCCCAAGAGGUAAAGUGUUACUGCUUCAGGCAAAGGAAGAAUUCACAGGGUAUGAUUUUGAGAACAGGUUGCAUGUUCGCAUCCACGCAGCAUUAGCCUCUCUGCGGGAAGUGGUCCCCCAGUGAUGAACAGAAAGGCUCCCAUCUUUUCUUUUUCGACUUUUGCACUCCAAGAACAAAACUGUCAGGAAGAUCAGCUUUCCUCCAGAAAACUUUCUGGUGCAAGAGAAGUUUUCCUAACGAUGCAAAGCUGGUGAUGGAAAAAUGUUAACAAUCUCAACAAUUAAGGACUCAGCCAAAAAGGUUAAGUGACCUUAAGCUCAAACAACUGGUGAUUUCUUGUGCAUAAAUCCUUUUUAAAUUAGGGGAUGCUAGACAUUGUGUUCAAGCCCAGCCACACAGACAGGGGAUGGUGCUGGAGAAUUCCUUUGAAUAUUAAAGUCCUUUAGUUCCAAUGCUUA